GUGAAGCGUAACAGGGAGAGGGACAAAGACACAGGUAGCGGGAGAAACGGCGACAGUGAAGGGAGGAGGAGAGAGUGAAAAAGGAGGGAGAGAAGAAAAAACAGAAGGGAGAGAUGGACGUGUACUGGUGAGAAAGUGCACAAUUUGUAUCCCAUAAAACCGAAACAAAUCUAUGUUUUCUACUCAUGACAGGACUCAGGGACGUGGACAAUACUGGAUAGAGGGAGGUUAAGUUCGGAUUUAUUUUCUUUCUGUCUUUUUGUCAAGCGGAAUUUUGAUACUUCUUUCAUUUUGGGGUGUAUUCAUAGUCCAGGAAAGCUGUGGAAAUCCUGUAUAUCUUAAGUGAAAUUCUUCAGUUGCUGGCUAAAGUGUUACCUUCCCCCAUAGAGCAACAGGCUGUUCUGUGAUUCUAAUCUGUCAAGCUGACCAUAGGGGCGGGAGGAAUGAGUCCGUCUGGACUUCGUGCAAGUAAGCUUUCUUUUUUCUGGUCUUUUUUAAAAACAUGAAGACACUAUGCUGUCCAACCCGUACUUCUGGAUGCGUGUUCUCUUAGGAUUUCUAAAAUAAACGUUCGCUGUUAAGUGGAGAAACAGGAGCGCAUCCGUGAACUGGAGACUACGCUUUAAGCAUGAAGACUUGGUGUAGCGCUCUGGCUCUACUGGGCUGGGUACUUGUGGCGCUGGAUGCCCAAUAUGUCUGCUGGCAAGCCCUGCUUAGAUGUCAACAGGAGAAAGACUGUGAAUUGGCCUAUAACCAGUAUCUGGUUGCAUGCGAAGAUAAUAUCCGAGGGAGCAGGCGACAGUGCCCCAGCCAUUGCAUCAGCGCCUUAGUGAAACUGAACCAGACGCACAGUGGACCGGACCUAGAGACAUGUGACUGCGCCCAGGAUUCACAAUGUAGGAGGGCAAAACGGGCGAUCGAGCCGUGUAUUCCUCGAAGGCAUCCAGGGGACGCAGCUGGGAUAGGGUGCACAGAGGCACGCCAACGCUGUGAGGAGGACCCUGGCUGCCACUCCACUCUGACAGCCUACCUGUCCAACUGUGGGCAGCUUUUCAACGGCAGAAAAUGCACUGCAAAGUGCAAGACCACAAUUCAGCAAAUGCUGUUCAUCCCCAACGGUAUGCUGCUUAAUCGCUGCGUGUGUGACGGCAUGGAGCGACCCUUUUGCGAAGUGGUGAAGGAGAACAUGGGGAAACUAUGCUCUAUCGGGGAUCACGGGGUCUCUACGGCCUAUGGGGACAUGGACGACAUGUAUGAGGAUGAGGACUACGAACUGAAAGCAGAUAGAGAAGACUUUCAUCCGGACACAGGAGUUUUUUCCUCCAGCCCAUCCAAGUAUUCUGUUAAUAUUGCCUUGUUAAAUGGUGUGUUGCUGCUGACAUGGUGUUGGACAAGAACAUUCUAGGGGCACACAUAGGCUAUAAAAUACAUUGACUUGCUUCUUUUAUUUGUUCAUGAAUCGUGCAGGACACCUUGCGCAGCACUGCUUAUAUUCACCUAAUUGACCCUUGGAGACGGUGAUGGACUUGUGAAAAUGUAAUUCCAAGGACACGGGGAUAGGUUUACAGCAAAGAGACAAGACUUCCGAUAAUAUUGCGAAGAAUGCAUACGUUUUGCUCAUGAAAAGAUAUUUGGCUAUCAGACGAGUGUGCCUUUCGGUUUAUUUCAUUCGUGACUGAAACUGAAAAGUAUACUGUUGUAUUCACUUAUAAGAUCAACUCCAAAUCACACUCGAGGAACCCGGUUGUAGAGUCUGUUAUAGGCCGAAUGGUACUUACGCUGUAACAAAAUGCUUAAGGGGCUGAUUAUUUGGUGGGAAGUGAACCAAACAUAUAUGUUUAUUGCAACACGGAAAAAGUGGAUUCGUUUACUUUUCUCCGUCUCUCCCCCUUUCCUUUCCUCUUUGUUUUGUUUCGGUGGCCCUUGAAGUGUGUGGCUUUAUUAAGACUUUAGAUAAACAUUGGAGCGUUUUCAUUUGUGUUUACUCUCCUCUCUGCACUCCAGCGCUUGGGCAUUGAAGCCAUCACACUUCAAAUAUUUGUGGUGAACCACGAGAGAACAGACGAGGUUCUGGGAUCAAGUAGUUAAAUUAACUGAAGUGCCUCUCCGGUAGCCCCCACCCAUUUCACUCUUAGUCUCUUCUUGUUUUAUUGAAAACUCUACCAUUGACCCACCUCCCCACUCACCACCACCUCCACCCUCCCCCUCUCUCUAUCACACUGUCACACACACUCACUCACUGACUAGUUCUACUUUGCUGAGUGGGCUUCGAGUAAAGUGGGGGAUCACCGUUCGUUACUAUAGUUUGACAUUUGUGUUUGCUAGUGAAAUUAACACUGAUGGGCCACGGCUGCUAUAACUAAAGCAGGACUGUACCGAAAUGUUUAAUCAUAUCGUUUCGUUCAAAAAACGUUUUCUGAAGUGAAAUGGUUGAAAUUAAUUUUGCAUUGAUCCCUCGAACACUUGAAAUGUAUGAAAGUUAAAAAAAUAUAUAUUUAUAGGCUAAUUGGGUUAUUGCUCAUUUCAGUUGCGAUUUGUUUGUGUUUAUAGAAUAAAACAUUUAAGGUUUUUAAUGUUUAAGAUAAGGAUAUUGAAGAACAGCAUUUGCCUGCAAAAAUAUAUUCCCAUAUGCAACAGCAACCAACAUUUAUACAUGAUAUACUGCGUAUUUUGUUUUUGUAAAUGCCGUUGGAUAUUUUUUUUUUACCUGGCGAAAGUAAACUGGUAUCUUAUGUUAAUUGAUGUAUUAAAUGGGUGUAUGUGUAUGUAAAUGAGUUAUUAUUCCUUGUAUUAACAUACAAUGUUUUGUAAAAGUGUAAAUGUGUAACUUCAUCAACAAAAUAUUUUCUGUACAGAAAUAGAUAUUUAUGUCUCCGAAAGGAUUACCGAAUCAAGUAAAUGUCUCCGAAAGAAAUACUGAAUAAAGUAAUAAAGAGGGAACAUUUAAUGAAA